AUGUCUGCGCUUGCUUCAGUGAAAAGACUGCAUAAGGAAUUAAUCGAUAUUGGUAAGGAUCCUCCAUCUGGUUGCUCUGCAGGGCCAAUUGAUGAGAAAGAUAUUCAUAGCUGGCAGGCUACUAUUGAAGGACCUGAUGAUUCUCCUUACCAUGGAGGUAUUUUCUUUCUGAAGGUAGAAUUCCCAAGUAAUUACCCGUUCAAGCCUCCCAAGAUAAACUUCACCACAAAGAUUUACCACCCAAACAUUAACUCGAAUGGAAAUAUCUGCUUGGAUAUUCUGAAGGAUCAAUGGAGCCCUGCUCUGACUUUAUCCAAGGUUCUUCUGUCAAUUACGUCUUUGUUGACGGAUCCAAAUCCGGAUGAUCCUCUUGUACCGGAGAUAGCCAAUAUCUAUAAAGAUAACAAAGAGACGUACGAAAGUAAUGCUGCCGAAUGGACAAGACUCUAUGCUAGCGGGGCUUAAGUGCUUGAUUUUUCACCCAAAAUCCCUCGUAAUUGCUUAUUCUGACUGACUCCCAACUGAUAAAUUUUGAUUUCAACUAAAUUAUU